GCGGCGGCGGGCAGCCAGCGAGGAGCGAGCCCGGGCGUCCCGCCGCGCCCAGCCCAGCCCUGCCCAGCCCAGGACGCCGCCGCAGCAGCGAGCCGGGCGGGCCGGAGCGCGCCCGCUGCCCGGAGCCAUGGCCAAGACUAAUUUCAGAUGGCUCACAUGUGCUGGCGUCCUCUGUUGCUUGAUAUGGAAUGGAUUUGCCCAGCAAGGUGGAAGCGACUGCAUAAAAGCAAAUGCAAAGUCAUGUGGGGAAUGUAUACAAGCAGGACCAAACUGUGGCUGGUGUAAAAAAACAGACUUUUUGCAAGAAGGAGAGCCAACAUCUGCCCGGUGUGAUGACUUGGCAGCACUGAAGAGUAAAGGCUGCCCCAUGGAAGAUAUAGAGAAUCCCAGAGGCAGCAAACAGGUGCUCGAAAAUAGAGAAGUAACAAAUCGUAAGAAAGGUGCUGCAGAGAAGCUGAAACCAGAAGCCAUUACACAGAUCCAGCCACAGAAAUUAUCACUGCAUCUAAGAGUUGGGGAACCCCAGACAUUUUCAUUAAAAUUCAAGAGAGCUGAAGACUACCCCAUUGACCUUUAUUAUCUUAUGGACCUCUCCUAUUCUAUGAAAGAUGAUUUAGAGAAUGUGAAAAGUCUCGGAACGGCUCUGAUGUUAGAGAUGGAAAAAAUAACUUCAGACUUUCGGAUUGGCUUUGGCUCUUUUGUGGAGAAAACUGUGAUGCCUUAUAUAAGUACAACACCAGCCAAACUCAGAAAUCCUUGUACAGGGGACCAAAACUGUACAAGUCCAUUUAGCUAUAAAAAUGUGCUCAGCCUUACCAGUGAAGGAAACAAGUUCAACGAACUUGUAGGUAAACAGCAUAUUUCUGGGAACUUAGAUUCUCCUGAAGGUGGAUUUGAUGCAAUAAUGCAGGUUGCAGUUUGUGGGGAACAAAUUGGCUGGAGGAAUGUUACAAGACUAUUGGUGUUUUCCACGGAUGCUGGAUUCCACUUUGCAGGAGAUGGUAAACUUGGUGGAAUUGUUCUGCCAAAUGAUGGGAAAUGUCAUCUGGAAAAUAAUGUGUACACAAUGAGCCACUAUUACGAUUAUCCCUCUAUUGCUCAUCUGGUACAGAAACUUAGUGAGAACAAUAUUCAGACAAUCUUUGCUGUUACUGAAGAGUUUCAGGCAGUCUAUAAGGAACUGAAAAAUCUGAUACCCAAAUCAGCAGUGGGAACAUUGUCUUCAAAUUCCAGUAAUGUGAUUCAGCUGAUCAUUGAUGCAUACAAUUCCCUUUCUUCAGAGGUCAUCCUGGAAAAUACUAAGCUACCAAAAGGAGUGACAAUCAGUUACAAGUCCUUCUGCAAGAAUGGAGUGAAUGACACACAAGAAGAUGGAAGGAAGUGUUCUAACAUUUCUAUUGGAGAUGAGGUUAGAUUUGAGAUUAAUAUAACAGCUAAUGAAUGUCCAAAGAAAGAACAAAAUGAAACAAUUAAAAUUAAACCACUGGGAUUCACUGAAGAAGUUGAAAUUAAUCUCCAGUUCAUCUGUGAGUGUCAGUGUCAGAGUGAAGGAGAACCUAAUAGUCCAGCCUGCCAUGCAGGAAAUGGAACAUUUGAAUGCGGUGCGUGCAGAUGUAAUGAAGGACGUAUUGGAAGACUGUGUGAAUGUAGCACAGAUGAAGUAAAUAGUGAGGAUAUGGAUGCUUACUGCAGGAGGGAGAACAGCACAGAAAUCUGCAGUAACAAUGGAGAAUGCAUUUGUGGACAAUGUGUGUGCAAGAAAAGGGAGAACACCAAUGAAGUGUAUUCUGGCAAAUACUGUGAAUGUGACAACUUCAACUGUGAUCGGUCAAAUGGUUUAAUCUGUGGAGGAAACGGGAUCUGCAAGUGCAGAGUGUGCGAGUGCUUCCCCAACUUCACUGGCAGCGCCUGCGAUUGUUCCUUGGAUACUACACCGUGUAUGGCAUCGAAUGGGCAGAUUUGCAAUGGAAGAGGAACCUGUGAAUGUGGCACCUGUAACUGUACAGAUCCCAAAUUCCAAGGCCCCACCUGUGAAAUGUGUCAGACUUGCCUUGGUGUCUGUGCAGAGCACAAGGACUGUGUUCAGUGCAGAGCUUUCGAUAAGGGCGAGAAGAAGGAGACGUGUUCGCAGGAGUGCAUGCACUUCAACAUGACGCGCGUGGAGAGCCGCGACAAGCUGCCGCAGCCGGGCCAGCCCGACCCCCUGUCCCACUGCAAAGAGAAGGACGUGGAUGACUGCUGGUUCUACUUCACUUACUCUGUCAACUCCAAUGGUGAAGCCAAUGUCCACGUGGUGGAGACCCCAGAGUGCCCCAGUGGUCCUGACAUCAUUCCCAUUGUAGCCGGCGUGGUUGCUGGAAUUGUUCUUAUUGGACUUGCAUUAUUAUUGAUUUGGAAACUACUAAUGAUCAUUCAUGACAGAAGAGAAUUUGCUAAAUUUGAAAAGGAGAAGAUGAAUGCCAAGUGGGAUACGGGUGAAAAUCCUAUUUACAAGAGUGCAGUGACGACUGUGGUCAAUCCUAAAUAUGAGGGAAAAUGAACACUGCUUGUAUAACUUCACAACACUGUAUGCAGUAUAGCAACUUUUGUAGUCACAAUAAGAUAGAUUUAGGGCAAGCUGCAGUGAUUUUACUAAUGAAUUACAUACAGGUUUGUUUUCC